UACCCCAAUCUUGAUUAGUUUGGUUUGGGAACCAAAAACAUAUUGGGAAAACAUCAAAGGUUGAUAUGGCUGAAACUUUUGAGUUUGACUCUUUUCCUACGACACCUAGACAAGCAUCGGUGGCGCCAACGCCACCGAUAUCAGCUCCUCCGUCGCAGUUACACUCUCCGUCCCUGACUCGAUCCCCUCUUUUAUCUACUGGUGAGCUUUUAUCUACUGGUGAUCGUAUACAGCCUGCAAGUGCAAACCGAACGCCAGGAACUGCAACCCCCAAGAUUUCGACUCCAAGAAUUCGAACUCCCCGGUUUAUUACCCCUUUAGGUAGCCCUUUAAGAAAGGUUCUUCACCUUACUAAGCUUGACCCUGAAGAUGCUUGGCUUCCAAUUACAGAAUCUCGAAAUGGAAAUGCAUACUACGCUGCGUUUCAUUGUCUUUGUUCUGGGAUUGGUAUUCAAGCUCUCAUUCUUCCUGUUGCUUUCACUACUCUUGGUUGGGCGUGGGGAAUUAUAGACCUGACUUUAACAUUUAUAUGGCAACUAUACACCCUUUAUAUAUUGGUUCAACUCCAUGAAUCUACGGGAGAGGGUAUUCGAUACAGCAGAUAUAUGCAGCUUGCGAAUGCUACUUUUGGUGAGAAGUUAUCAAAGUGGCUAGCCAUGUUUCCACUCAUGUAUCUAUCAGCAGGAACAUGUACGGCUCUGAUAAUCGUAGGAGGAUCAACAUCAAGAUUGUUUUUCCAGACAGUAUGUGGAGAGACAUGCAAUGCCAGGACAUUAACAACUGUGGAAUGGUAUUUGGUGUUCACAUGUGCUGCAGUUGUUUUGUCUCAGUUGCCAAAUUUGAACUCCAUUGCUGGAGUGUCCUUAAUUGGAGCAAUUACAGCUGUUGGGUACUGCACAAUUAUUUGGGCUGUCUCUGUUGCUGAGGGUAGAAUGCCUGGCGUCUCUUACGACCCUAUUCGUGCACCUUCUGAUAUCGAAAGGCUUUUUGAUAUCCUAAAUGCACUUGGGAUUAUUGCUUUUGCCUUUAGAGGUCACAAUCUCAUACUUGAGAUACAGGCUACUAUGCCUUCAAGUGAGAAGCAUCCAUCAAGGGUGCCUAUGUGGAAGGGUGUCAAGUUCGCCUACGCACUCAUUGCAAUGUGCCUCUUUCCCCUUGCAAUUGGAGGCUAUUGGGCAUAUGGUCAAAUGAUACCAGAAGGUGGCAUGUUAACAGCCUUAUUUGCUUUCCACGGAACAGACACGUCACGAUUUAUCUUAGGAUUAACAAGUUUAUUCGUCAUAAUCAAUGCCGUAAGCUCAUUCCAAAUCUAUGGUAUGCCAAUGUUUGAUGACAUGGAGUCAUUAUACACUAAGAGGAUGAAGAAGCCGUGUUCUUGGUGGCUCCGAGCAAUUUUCCGAGCAUUAUUUGGAUACUUAUGCUUCUUCAUCGCGGUGGCGAUCCCAUUCCUUGGAAGUGUGGCUGGUCUAAUUGGAGGAAUAGCAUUGCCAGUGACAUUAGCUUAUCCAUGCUUUAUGUGGCUUAAGAUGAAGAAACCAAAGGUUUAUAGCCCAAUGUGGUUCCUUAACUGGGGAUUAGGGAUUUUUGGUAUGACUCUUAGCGGACUUCAGGUUGCUGCUGGCGUUUAUGUUGUAAUUAAAACCGGUAUUAAAGCUAGUUUCUUCAAGCCACAAUAGGUUAUUUAAUUAAUUUAGUUAAUUUGAAAAAAAGGAAGUGUUAUAAUGUGUAAUUCUAGAGUUUUUCUCUUUGUUUUCUUUUUCAUAUAAUUGUGAAAUUAUUUUCUAAGAAAUGUAAUAAGCGUAAUAUAUAUCAAAUAUUAUUUUUUUAA